AUGUCUUGGCAGACGUGUUUGGUUUGCGAAGGUGCAAAAGUCGUCAGCAAGCCAGAAGAAACCGAACAGAAAGUCACAAAUUAUCAUGAGCCAUCGUCAAGUCGCGAAUUUCGAAUCUCUAUUGUCACUCAUUGUUUCGAAAAAGACGCCGAAGCUGAUGAAGAUGACGAACCACAACCAAAAAUGAUAAAUUUCUAUGUUGAUCUCGCCGAACUAUGCAUCGUUUGCCCAUAUUUUCAAAAAUUUAGCGAGCCACCUGGAGAUCUCGAAAAUUGUACGGAUGCGUGGGUUUCGGCUCCCGGAGAAGUGGCAUCGUCUCGCGAGAACACCUGCUGUCACAACUACAAGUCGACGAUCAACGCGAAGCACUUUCACGCGUUUCUCGAAUCCCUCUGUCCUUCGCUAUAUGGAAUUCGUCCCGCCCCUAUCACAAUGGAAAGCAUCAUUCCUCUUCUCGACAUGCUUUCCCACUUUCAUAGUGAGCCACUGCUCACGAAUUGCGAGCGAUUUUUGAUGACAAAAGAUAUUAGCCAACUGGAAGGCUCACAAUUGAUUCGAGUGCUUGAUAGAGGGCUGUGUGUUAGCCUGGAUCAUCGGAUCUUGGGACGAAUCCUUUGUAUCUGUCUAAUGAAUACGGCCUCGAAGAUGUCCGAUGUAUCACAAGAGCUCACCGGACCAGUUGGAUCAGUUUUCGCUCAAGCGUUCAUUGCCAACACCACAAAAAGUUUCCGUCAUGUAAAGCCCUUGGAACAGGAGAAUGACUUGUGGCCUGUCGCUCUUCGUCAUCUGAUGAUUCCCACUGCUCCCGCACCUUCGAUAUCCGAGGCAAACGAUGAAGCUAAAAAGAAAAAGAAUAGAGGCCACAAGAGAAAUGGUGAAUGCGACCACACAGAGGAUUCAUUUGAGUGCAUUCUCUGUUUCGAUCAACGAUGUGGGAAAUGCAAGGGAGAGAAUGCGUACUGCUACAAGGCACUUGACAACUUCCUCUACGAAGUUCGCCUCCAACUCUAUCCACACACCUAUCGUGCACACCUCGAUCGUGAUAUGCUUCGAGAAGAUCGUCUCAGUGACUACAUCCUUCGUCAUCAACUCCAACCUCGCCCAGAAGAAUGA